CAGAGCAGUCUGGAAGCUCUGUGCAGUGUCCGUCAUGGCCGCCGCCACUGUGGCUGUGCAGCGUGCGCUGGGGAAAGCGGUCAUCCCUCCUUUAGUCGUGAUUUUAGGGGCUACUGGUACCGGCAAGUCCAAACUGGCGAUCGAGCUCGGGAAGAGAGUGCAAGCGGAAAUAAUAAGCGCCGAUUCCAUGCAGGUGUAUAAAGGACUGGACAUUGCCACAAAUAAGGUAACAUCGGAGGAGCAGGCGCAGUGUCCUCAUCACAUGAUCAGCUUCGUGGAUCCACUGGUCAGCAGCUACACAGUAGUGGACUUCAGGAACCGAGUUUUGUCUCUAAUAGAGGACAUGCACCGCCGGGAGAAACUGCCAGUCAUCGUUGGAGGAACAAACUACUACAUUGAAUCUAUUUUAUGGAAGGUUCUUGUUGACACUGGGCAGGAGAAUGGCACUGACCUGAAGGCCAAGCUUCAGAAGCUGGGGGGUCCUGAACUUCAUAGACAACUUAUGGAAGUGGACCCUGAAAUGGCAGCGAUAUUGCAUCCCCAUGAUGUACGCAAGAUUGCAAGGAGUCUUCAGGUGUACCAGGAGACUGGAGUCAAACACAGUCGUCUGUUGGAAGAGCAGCGAGAGCAGGAUGGGGCAGAUGGUCUUGGAGGUCCUCUGCGCUUCUCUGACCCCUGCAUCUUCUGGCUUCAUUCUAACAUGGAUGUUUUGGAUAAGAGACUGGACGAUAGAGUGGACGAUAUGGUGUCUUUAGGACUGAUUGAAGAACUGAAAGAUUUUCAUCAGCGCUUCAACGAGAAGAAAAUCCAGGAGAACAGUCAGGACUACCAGCAUGGCAUCUUCCAGUCUAUUGGGUUUAAAGAGUUCCAUGAGUACCUCACUGCUGGAGCAGACCUCAGCCAGGAAGAAAGAGAGGAGUUAAAAAUGAAAGGUAUCGAAGCCCUUAAGCAAGCAGUGCGACGUUAUGCUCGGAAACAGAACAAGUGGGUCCGCAACCGAUUCCUUAAGAGACCAGGUACCAACAUCCCACCUGUCUAUGGCCUGGAUGUGACUGAUGUGGCCCGCUGGGAGCAAAUGGUCCUCAAUCCUGCCCUAGGCAUACUGGACUGCUUACAGAAGGGAGAGCAGCCAUCUGUUGAACCGAUGAGGAUUGAAGGGGAGGGACCUCGUAACAAGCGGAGUCACCACAUGUGUGAACUGUGUGACAAAAUAAUUAUCGGGGACCUGCAGUGGACAACUCAUCUGAAGUCUAAAAACCACAAAUAUCAUGUCCGAAAGAAGAGGAAAGUUGAAGAGAGCUCGGUGCCACACCAGGAUGACGCAUCUGAUCUCUUGCCCAUUCCCAAGUGUCCGAAACAGGCAAGUUUUGCUACAGUAGAUGAGACCGGCUUGGAGCCAGACAAAGAAUGGAAUGAGGACACUGAAAGGCAAGGUCUCUGAGGCGCACCCUGCAUCCAUGUGCUGUUUUAACGUUUCUAUUUUAUUUUGUCAUGAAGUGACAUAAGUGGCCUGAACCUGGAUUACACGGUCUGUUUGGAAUAAGAGGGAAUUUGGAUGAGGUGUGCAAUCCUUUUAACCUUUUUGAAUUUGGAACAUUAUUCGUUGUAUACAGAUAUGCAGAAACAUUCAUCUACAGCACCGUUUUUCUUUUGUGCCUUUUCUCUCUCCUCAGUGUUGGUCAGACUUUUCUUGCAGGAAAUCUUGGCCACUCUUGGUUAAUAUCUGAUUUUCUCUGACUGUUUUUUUAGUGUGUAAUAUAUCUUUGCUUGUGACAAGUUCUGUAAUUAAAGACUUUUAUUUUUUUAAGAGCUA